ACUAGGGUGUUCAUACUGGACACCUUAUAGUCAAUCAGUAUGCUUUGAUGCUUCUGUGUAUUUCCUGUAUUAUUAUAUUAAACAAGAAAAACAGAAACAGGCAGACAGGACUUUAUCCAUGAGAAAACAGAAAAAAGAUUUCCCCUUUCUUUUUGUCUUGACAUUUUUAAUGUCCAUCAAGACAUUUUCCAGUGCAACGGAUACUAUAACUACGACACAAAUCCUUAGAGAUGGUGAGACCCUCGUUGCAUCUGGUGGAAGCUUUGAAUUGGGAUUUUUUAGCCCUGGAAAUUCCAAGAAUCGAUACGUGGGCUUGUGGUAUAAAGAAAUAACAGUUAAAACUGUAGUAUGGGUCGCCAACAGAGAACUACCACUCAUAAAUACAUCAGGAGUCUUAAAGGUUAUCGAGCCAGGACUUCUAGUUCUUUUAGACAAUGCUAAUGGUCGCAUCAUAUGGUCCACUAAUACAUCACGAAGUGUGAAAAGUCCAGUUGCAAAGUUGCUGGACUCAGGAAACCUUGUUGUAAAAGAUGCAAACGAUGCUGACCAGGGGAAUUUCCUAUGGGAGAGUUUUAAUUAUCCAACUGAUACAAUUUUACCAGGGAUGAAAUUCGGUUGGAACCUUAUAACUGGGCUAGAGGUCUAUCUAUCAUCAUGGAAGAGCAAUGAUGAUCCAUCUUCAGGAGAUUUUACAUAUCACUUUGAUCCUACUGGUUAUCCACAACAUGUCUUGAGAAAAGGUUCUGCUGUACAGUUUAAAACUGGACCUUGGAAUGGACUAACCUAUAGUGGGACGCCAAACUUGAAGAAAAAUCCUAUUUUCAAAUACAAAGUAGUUCUAAACAAAAAUGAGGCGUAUUAUACUUUUGAUCUCCUGAAUAGAUCAAUUAUUUCAAGGUUUACAUUGAGUGGUAGUGGUGUUGGACAGCGCUGCAUGUGGGUUAACCGAACGAAGGAGUGGGUUGUCUACAUUACUUCUCCAACAGAUAAUUGUGAUGUCUAUAGAUUAUGUGGUGCAUAUGGUAGUUGCAAUAUUGCAAAUUCUCCUGUUUGUGGAUGUUUAGAUAGAUUUCAGCCUAAAGAUCCAGGAGGAUGGGAAAAUGCAGAUUGGUCGAAUGGCUGUGUUCGCAGAACUCCCUUGAAUUGCCAAAAUGGAGAUGCAUUUCUCAAGUACUCUGGUAUUAAAUUGCCAGACACACGAUAUUCUUGGUUUAAUGAGAAUAUGACAUUAAAUGAAUGUGAGAUGGUGUGCUUAAAUAAUUGCUCUUGUAUGGCUUAUAUUAACUUGGAUAUAAGCAGGGGGGGAAGUGGAUGCCUACUUUGGUUGAAAGACCUGAUUAACAUCAAAGAGCUAUCCGAAGGAGGACAAGAUAUCUAUAUUAGAAUGGCUUCUUCUGAAUUAGAAUUUGCAGACAUAAAAGGAGGGAAAAGAGAAAUUCUUGUAGUAAGUUUGUCAGUGUUGAUCGGAUUGUUUCUGCUUGGUUUGAGUCUGAUGCUCUAUCUUCGAAAAAGGAAGAAAAGUAACCACAUACUUAGAGAAGGAGGCAGUCCAGGACACAACUGUACGGAUAAUCACAAUUAUGGAAGUCACAACAAAGACAUAGAGCUACCACUGUUUGACUUGUAUACAAUAAUUAAAGCUACUGAUAAUUUUUCAAUUAACAACAAACUUGGAGAGGGUGGGUUUGGACCUGUUUACAAGGGCCUGCUGGAAGAGGGGCAGGAAAUUGCUGUAAAACGGCUAUCAAGAACUUCCCUUCAAGGACUUGAUGAGUUCAAGAAUGAAGUUAUCUAUAUAGCUAAACUUCAGCAUCGAAAUCUCGUGAAGCUUCUAGGAUGGUGCACACAAGGAGAUGAAAAUAUGUUGAUUUACGAAUACAUGCCUAAUAGAAGUCUAGACUUGAUUCUAUUUGAUCCAGUGGGAAGUGCACUGCUUGAUUGGCCUAAGCGCUUCCACAUUAUUAAUGGUAUUGCUCGAGGACUUGUAUAUCUCCAUCAAGAUUCUUGUCUCAGAAUCAUACAUAGAGACCUCAAAGCUAGCAAUAUUUUGCUUGAUUCGGACUUGAACCCAAAGAUAUCGGACUUUGGCAUGGCUAGAAGUUUCAGAGGAAAUGAGACUGGAGCUAACACGAGUCGAAUAGUUGGAACAUACGGCUACAUGUCACCAGAAUAUGCAGUAGAUGGAUUAUUUUCGAUAAAAUCAGAUGUAUUUAGCUUUGGUGUUCUAGUGCUUGAGAUUGUAAGUGGCAAAAGAAACAGAGGAUUUUCUCAUAGGGAUCACCACCACAACCUUCUUGGGCAUGCGUGGAUGCUUUAUAAAGAAGGAAGGUAUAUGGAAUUAGUUGAUGCUUAUCUUGGCUCCGUCCAUUUAUCAGAAAUGCUGCGGUCGAUCCAUGUGGGAUUAUUAUGCGUUCAACAAAGUCCAGAAGAUAGACCAAACAUGUCUUCAGUAGUGAUGAUGUUGGGAAACGAAGGAGUAUUGCCUCCAGCUAGACAACCCGGUUUUUUCACAGAAAGAAAUUUAUUUACUGUUGAAAGAACAACUAGCAAUAAUGCAGCAAGUUCAAUAAACCAAGUGACGGUAACACAGCUGGAAGCACGAUAAUGGAGAACAUUGGUUACCUUAGUAGUGCUCAAUUUUCCUUUCAUUUAAAAAAGAAAUAUUUUUUCCUUCAGCCAGUGUGCUAAGCAGAGAAUCUCCUCCAUUAUAUACAUCGGUUCUUCUUUAUAAGUUACAACACUUAUAGAAAUCGGAUGUAACAUGUGUCUGAUUGCUUCCUCCUAGCCCAAAUUACAAUGUCAUAAAAAUUCAUGUUUUGUACCAGAUUAAGACAUUGUUGGCUGGUCGGGUUGGCUGUCUAGGUGUUGACAUGUUUGUUAUAAUAUUAAAAUUUGAUGAAUCAAACAAAUAAAAA